AUGUCUCUCGCCAGCAAGGUGGUUAUUUGCGCUCCGAGGCAGGAUGGCUUCAAGGCGCCCAGGAGCCGCUUGCCCGGGCAAUUGACCGCCACAGUCACGUGGGACACCGGAGCAACAGAGGAGUUGACCUUCGAGUUCCUGCACCACGGGGCGUGGCGCGACGCGUACGUGCGCGCGUCGCGGGAGCUCGUUCUGAAGACCCACCUGGCGCUGGGGACUUCUCACGGAGGUCAGCAGGGGUCUGCCGCGAAUCGGGAGGAGUACGACCUGGCAUUGAGGCAUCCGGCGCUUCCGACGCCUGCGUUGCACGGGUGCUUCGACGUCCAGGUGGGCGGCUGGCCCUUCCAAGUGCUCUUAAUGCAGCGGGCGAGCUUCUCGUUCGCCGAGCUGAUGACGAGCCUGGCCGAGAUUCCUGUGGACGCUGCCAGCGCUCGCCACGUACGCGCUCUCAUCGCCAAAACCAUCGAGGAGAUGGUGAGGCUCGCGGGCGACGAGCUCUGCUACGAGACGUCCGACUGGCACUUCGACAACCUCGGUGCCAUGGGCCGUUUCGGAGAGCUCGCGGCAGUCGUCCUCGUGGACUGGCAAGGGCACGAGCCGGCGCCGCACAAGACGGCGAGGCAGCGGAUGAAAGCUGCAAUUGCCGGCAAGAACGGCGUGAUCAAGGAGCUCGUGCGCGCGCGGUUCUUCGAGUCUGGUGGGCGCUUUGCCGCGCAAUGGCGGGAUGAGAUCCAUCGCGCGGGCCUUGCAGUUCAGGCCUGGUGGUCGUGCUGCACGUGGUUCCCGACUCCGGGAGACUUGGCCAAGCUGCGGGACGCCCUGGCCGCGGGCCCGCCAGGCGACGAGACGCGGGAGCAGCGGCAGCUCGUCUUGCCGCCGGCAGGGCCGCCGCCUCCCGCGGCGUCACACAGGGGCCCCGGGUCGCUGGUUCCCGGGGCGCCAGCAGCCGCUUCCGAACUCGCCCCGCCGCCCCCGUCGCAGAGACCCGCCGCCGCGGCCGCAGUGGCCGAGGCGGGCUCGACGCGCGUCGCCGCCAAGCCCGCCCCUGCCGCCGAGCCGCCGCAGCGGGCCGCUUACGCACCGCCGCCCUUCGCCGCGUCACCUGCACACGGGUCGCCAGCGGCUGCUCCCGAGCCCGCCCCGCCGCCCGCGUCGCCGAUGCUCGCCGCUGCGGCAGCCGCGUCCGAGGCGGGCCCGACGCGCGUCGCCGCCGAGCCCGCGCCCGUCGCGGAGCCGUUUCAGCGGCGCUGGCGGGCCGCCCGCGAGGCGCCGCCCAUCGCCGGGUCGGCAGCACAUCGGUCGGCAGCGGCUGCUCCCAAGCCCGCCCCGCCGCCCACGUCGCCGGGGCUUGCCGCUGCGGCAGCCGCGGCCGAGGCGGGCCGGAGGCGCAUCGCCACCGAGCCCGCACCUGCCACGGGGUCGCCGCAGCGGACCGCCGGCGAGGCGCCGCCAUCCGCCGCGUCGGCUGCCCCUGGCGCGCCAGCGGCUGCCCCUGAGCCCGCUCCGCCGCCUGCGCUGCAGAGGCACGGCGCCGCGGCCGCAGCGGCGGGGCCGCCGGGGCCGCCGCCGCCGGCCGUUCGCGAGGCACUGGCCGCCUCGCUCUCAGAGGGCCCACCGAAGAGGCCGAGGCUCCCCGAGCCGCCGCUGAACUUCUACCACGACACGCCUCCGGUCUCUCCAACGCCCGCCCCAAUGGUGUCUGAGGCGUCGCGCCGGCACAUCGCCCACGUGUCGCAGCUCUACUUGCACGGCCUCAAGGUCACCGACAGGUCGAUGCCCUUGCUGGACCGGCAGCGCGAAAACGUCUGGGUGCCGGACGUGGCCCCCCACGCCAUCGACAGAAAGAGCUUCUCGGCGGCGGCGCACUUGGCGCGUGUCUUCCUUGGCGAGUUUGCGAAGACGACAGGAUUCCGGGAGCGCAUUGCCGACCCGAAGCCUCGGCUGCUCACCGCGGCGGGCGAGGGGGAGUUCAUUGGUCGCCACGCCAAGGGCUUGACCAAGGCAGCGGGCGGGAGGUGGUUCCAGAUGACGCCGCAGGAGCGACUGGCCAUCUUCGACGCGCACCUCCGCCGGGGCCUGUCAACGGCGCCCGCGAGGCACGCGGGGCAUCGGAUGGAGCCCGCGGCCGACGAACGCCCUCGCCGCUGCGAUUGGUUCUCGUCGCCGCAGGCCGCGGGCUUCUACGUGACCGAAGAGGAAACGGCUGGCUUGGUGGGCGCAGUCGCCGCGGUAUACACGUCCGAUUUGGGCGCGCUGAGCGCGGCUGCCUUGCCGCCGAGCGCCCAGCUCCGGCCGCGCGCCGACCUGCCUCUCGUCGCAAUAUGCACUCCCGGCGCUUCCCACGCUCCGUCCAAGGCGAGGCGUGACAACCGGGAGUACUGGUUGUUUCAGGCCGCCAGCGACGGGUGUCUCCCUUGCGUGAAACACUUCCUCGACGUGGAGAACGUCGAUCCCGGCGCCCUGUCUGCCACGCAGAAGUUCACGGCCCUCGACUUUGCCAUCCACGCUCACUCGCGCGGCGUCGCCGGCGCACCUGCCGUCGCCGACUUCCUCCGGACACGCCUGCGCGCCGUCGGCGACGGCGGCGCUUGCCCAAGUGGUGGCGGCAGCGGCCACAUCGCGGCGGCCUCCCUGCCACCUGACGCGCGGCCGCCCUGCAUGCCCGGCGCGCCCCAUCCGCCCAACAGGAAGCGGCGCGGCAGCCGAGUGUGCUGGAUGUACCAGGCCGCCGCAGAGGGGUGCAAGACGUGCGCCCAGUACUAUGUGAAUGAGGAAGCCUUGGACCCCCGCACCAAGUCGGAGAACAUGGGGUACACGGCUUUGGAUUGGGCGACGUGGGCGGCGAGCAAGGGCGUGGACGGCGCAGCAGAGGUGGCAGAGUUCCUACGAGAACAGGCGCCGGAGCUGACGGAGCUGCCAGGGAAGCGCCGCGCACCACAGGCGGCCCGCCGCGACGCAGAAAUGGUUGCGAGGGAGGCCGGGCUCAGCACGCCGCUCCCCGAUAAUGUCGGUGCGCGCAUGAUGGCGCAGAUGGGGUGGGUGGCGGGCCAGGCACUGGGCCCCCGCAGCGACGCGGGCUGGCUGGUGGAGCCCUUGCGGCCAGACACAUCACACCUGGGAGAGAAGCGGCACGGCGUCGGCUACCUGAGCGAGCUCGAGUGA